AUGUCUGACAAAAAACGACAGGCUCUUCGUAAUUUUUAUAAUUUACCUGUACGUACACCAUCUUCAUCUACCGUUUCGACGUCUAGAUCCGUAUCCAAUGGCAGCAACGUUCAUUCAAGUGAAGAAUCGACUUCAAAAGAAAUAGAUCCUGCUUUCUCAAAUCCAGAUUUCGACCUAAAUGUUUACUUGAGGAGUCUUCAACAUAAACUAUCCCCUAACGAGGUUCUGCAACGCCAAAAGCAGCUGGUAUCUUCCAUCCAAGAGCUUUCAGGUGAUCAUAAGUCUUUGGUCUAUAAUCAUUAUACACACUUGCUGCAUGCUAGCUCUGCCAUUGAAUCGCUCUCAAAAGAUCUGAACGAUUUGCUUCCCGAACUCCAAACAUUUCAAGAAGGACAAACUGACGGUCCUAACAUGAAAUCCGAAACUCUUCAUCGGAAAUGA